CGCAUCUCGGGCAGUGAUGCUCUGUCUCAUCCAUAUUUGGAUGAGGGUCGUCUGCGGUACCACACCUGCAUGUGUAAGUGCUGUUACUCUGUGCCCAGCGGGAGGGUGUACACCCGAGACUUUGAGCCGCCUGCGGAUCGACCUUUCAGCCACAACUAUGAGCAGAGCAUGCACUCCGUCUGGCAGGGCAAAGAGCUCAUCCAUCGUUUUAUAACAGAGCACCAGCAAGGCAAGCGAGUGCCUUUGUGCAUCAAUCCCCAGAGUGCAGCCUUCAAAACCUUCAUUAGAUCCACAGCCUGGCAUUCCUCAAAAGUAUCAAGGAAAGAAGAGAGAUGAGGUGGAUUCUGGGAAAUGUGGAUCAUAGGAGCAAGCAUGCUUUGGAGAUGAAGAUAUGGAUCACAUGCUUUUGAAUGAACUCUCAGCACUCAUUCCAAUUCGACAUGGGGAUUUCUCAGAAAAACAGAUCCACUUAAACGACACUGAUGAAUAAUGCUUUUGAUGCUGCUGAGAACACUUUUAUACUGACUGUGUGCUUGAGGAUUACGGGAAAUAUAAUUUUCCACAGAAAUAAAAAAAAAGAAAAGAAAAUGGAUUGUUGAAUAUGACUAAAUGAGCCAACGUCAAUGUUGUGCAAUACAGAUAUCUGGAAUAAUGCAAAUGACGAGACUGCGCUGACCAUGAUUUCACUAACGGAUGAGAUGACAGUGCCCACAAGUCCAUGGCAUCGCCCGUGCAGCCAUCUUUACUCAGAGAGUAUCUCCAAACUCUGUCCAUAGACUUUUAUCACUGUGUUCUUUUUGCGGGUUCUUAGGUUUUAUUCUUAAACUUCUGAUAACCAAAAGUUCUUAAGUCUUCUUUCUUUGUUACUGCUUCCUCAUUCAAUUGAAUGUUUUCUGUUCGAUAUCACUCAGAUUUUCUAUUAAUUUUUUUCUUUACUGUUAUUGUUUUGUUUUUGUUUUUUUUUGGGGGGGAGGGUUAUUGUGCAGUUUCUUUUGUAACCUAUCAACAUUAUGAAGCAUCCUGUGCAAACGUCAUCCUUGAGCAAAUAUAUUAGAGUUUUAGAGUUGUAUCAGAACGCUGUAUAGAGGUGAUGGUGUUUUGUGCCGACAGAUGUACGUACUUGUUUAUCUGUGGAACGUAUACUGUUCCAUUCCCAC